AUGCUUGUUGGGCUCGCGAGCACUUAUCAACUAGCACAAAUUCAUGGGGACUCCCCAUUGGAGAGAUACACAAGACAGGAAGUAAAUGUGGAGAAUGCUGGUGAGGGUGGAAAACUUCCUAAGGAAGAAUUGAAACAACUGAUUGUAGUGACUUUUGAAUCGUCACCAAUGAUCGAAGCUCCGGACAAACUCUACAAGAUUUUAGAUCAAAGAGAAGAUGGACAUAUUUCUUUCAAUCAGCUUCUAAAUUUGCUUAUUCAAAAUACGACCAUAUGGUCUUAUUACGCAUGA